AGGAAUUCGCUAAUAUAUUACAAAUGUUUUAUUAACAUAAAUAAAAUAAUUGUGUAAAAAUACCAAAGUAAUUUUUUUGAUAAUGAGUAAGAGAAAGCUGGGUAUAAUGGCAGGAUCAGGUACAACAAAACAACCAAGGCAUUGGUCCUUGGGGCUUCUAGGUUCAAUGGAAGACCCAGAGUCAAUAGUAAAAAAAACGGAAAAUAUAGUUGUUAUAAGGGAUAAAUACCCGAAAGCAAAAAUCCAUUACCUGAUACUGCCUUACGAGGACAUUAACAGUAUUUAUAAGCUAACUGAAAAACAUAUUAGCCUGUUAGAAGAAUUUGGAAGACUUUAUGGAGAAUUAAAAGACAAACAUAAGGAGAGUUCGCUUCGGGCCGGCUUUCACGCUGUACCAAGUAUGCAAAGGUUGCAUAUGCAUGUCAUUAGCACUGAUAUGAUCUCACCAUGUUUAAAAACAAAAGUACAUUGGAAUAGUUUUACUACAAAUUAUUUUAUACCAUAUCAAGAUGUCCUGAAAGGUAUAAAAGAAAACGGGGGAGUCAAAAAAAUAUCAAAUGAACAACACAAGAGUUUAAUGUCCACAGAAUUAAUAUGUAAUCAAUGUACUUUCAAACCUAAAAACAUGCCACAAUUGAAAGAGCAUUUACUGACUCAUGUGAAAUAGUAAAUUAAACACAUUCAUCACUGACUAUUCAAUUGUGAGAGAAAUUUGUCUUGGGUGAUUAAUUGAAUACAAAAAUGCCACUAAAAUAAUUUUCAACAUUACACAUAAAAUACAAAACAUAUUGUCACUAACAAAAAGUGUUCUGUAUAAAGUAAACAAUUUAUAAAAAAAUUUAUGUUAAAUUAUAUCAAUUACAUAAAAGAAGACCACAAUUCAUGAUAAGCUAUAUCUUGUAGCAUUUAUAAAAAUAUAUUUUAACUUUAAAUGUUUAUACUCCAUUUUAAUAUAACUUACAGAAAAGGUAAACAAACAUUUUAUCAUCAAAAAUAUAACAUAAGCACUUACUGAAUGGAAAAUUAUGAUGAUUUUAAUUAUAUAUAUAAUUACUUUUAGUAAAAGUAUUUGUUUGCUUUCACUUAUUACAUUGUAUUUUAAAAAUAUCUUUUGAAAAUUGAAAGAAAAUGGUUAAUUACAUGUUUUUUAAAACUACAUUUAUCCAAGGUCAUAUAAUAUACACAAUAAAAAAAAUUAUUGAUGCAUUCAAUACAAAUCAUAGAAUAAAUAAGUUAUAGACUUGUAUUGAAUCGAAAGAUUUAAUUGUUUAGAAUAUUUCGAUUAAUCUAUUGAAUCAUUUAUUUUAGACAAAGUUUUAACUUAUUUAAUAACUAAGAAAUAUCUAUAGUAUUUUUAGUUUAGUUUAUUUUUUAUUCAUCAUAAUUUUGGUCAUCACUACACAGUCUAUGGUCGGAAUAGAGAAAGACCUCUGUGUUUACCUUUUGUGAGUUCUAUUGAAACAGAAUAUAGGUAUAUAGGUAUAUCUAAGAUAGAAGUCAAUUCUGAAAUUACAUUUCUAAAUUUCAUAACAUCGCGUUUUAUGUACAAAUUUAGGGUAACUGCAUUAAUAUCCCAAUUUCCACAAUUGCCCUGUAAUGCUUUCAGAAGUAGUUUUUUUUUAUCUCAUUUAGCAACAAUAAUAAUGUAAUGAAAUGGUAAUAAUAAUAGUAACCUGACAUAAGAAGACUAACUCACAUAACACUAACUCUUAUUGCAAGAUGCAUACAGUUCAUACAUACAUUUAGAUUCAGCUCAACAUUGUUUUUCUAAAUCCACAUUUUGUACUGUUUUCUUUUUAGUUAACUAACUUUCCUUUAGUUUACUAACUAGGUUUACAUUAUUGUAUGGAUAAAUCUGAAUUAAAUCUUACAUAUAACAUAAAACACAUUGCUUGACUUUACUGACUGAAAUGAGAUCUCAUAUAUGUUUAUAUCCAAUAGUAAAUAGCUCUAAAAUAGAAUAUGUCGAACUUCACAUUUUUAUUUAUACAACAGCAGUCUUAGUAUAAAAUGUCAGAUUGCACUUAAUUACCUAUCAAUCUAUAUGCUAAUACUAUUAAAUUUCCACUAAAUUUUCGAUUGCACUUGCGUUCAAAACUGAAGUCCAAAAUAGUUGCAUUACCUGUCAAUUUUCAAAAAUAGUUAAGUUUUUUCAAGGCUUUAGAAUAUAAUAUAUAUAUUUUUCUGUAUUAUUGAAAUAUUGGGAUUAAAUGGUAAAAAUAUUUUUAGGAUAUUCC